AUGCGGCCCGUUUCCGCCGGCAAUGUGGCAGCGAUGCAUGGCAUAUUCUAUUUUCUUAUGAAAGAGUCCAUAACCCGGAAAGAUACACUAUCCAAAGAGCUCAACCUGGAAGCCCAUAUAGAAAGUUGCAAAAAAAGCUUCGAGUCUGCUAUUGAAAGCUAUGACGUCCUUACGGUACCUACCUUGGAAAAUGUUAUUGCACUAGUCAUGGGGAUGUUGAAAGCACAAGAUGAAUCUAAGCCUUUGGAUUUUGACGUGGAUGUGCGAUUACCUUCUGCCAACUCAGAUCCGGCGAUUCGUCCCUGGGAUGAGGCAUUUUCCUAUAUCAUCAAGCUCGCAGAGAUUGAGGGGCAGAUAUACAACAAACUGUAUUCUGCUACUGCUCUGAAAGCAACAUCGUCCGAACGGUCGAUGCAUAUACAGGAGAUUGAGCUUGCAAUGCAGGAGUGUCAUAGACGAAGAUAUGCGAUCGAGACAAGCAAACUCACCCAGCCAGAUAUAUUCGAUAUAUGUCAACGAACUUGGGACGUCUUGUACUACUCAGCUAUGACGUCUCUCUUGCGAGCAUCGUCGUCGUUAAACAAAGGGGGCGAAAUCAGCUCAAAAUGCUUCGAAGCCGCACGUUCAUGUUUGCGAUGUCACUUGCGAUGCUUUCCCGACUACAGUAACUCAGAAAUCUUCUCCGUCGCUGACUAUGCAAAUUGGAUUUUGUUAUACUCAUCAUUUACCCCAUUCAUCGUCAUAUUCCUGCACGCCAUCGCCGCUACGAGUAUGGACGAUGUCAAACUCCUCGAAGAGGUCGUCUCGACGUUACAUCAUGCGCGUGGCGUCUCCAGUGCUUCAGAGCGUCUGUAUAGUAUUGGAGCGAACUUUGCGCGUGUUGCGCGCGGGCUAGUUGAGGCGCAGAAAUCUUGUGUGGGACAAUACAAUGAGCAAGAAGACUCGUUGCUUUUGUCCGGUGACACGAGGAGACCCGAUGCUUUUGGCUCGGAUACUUCAAAUUCCCAGGAUCCCCUGGGUGUGGAUAUGAUGGAUUAUCUUACUUAUCCCGAGGCUCAAGAUAUGUCGGCGCUUUUUGGGAGUUGGGAUUGUGGGCAGCCGUCUGCGAUGGAUCUGUUUGGGACGAGUCUUGGUGAUUUUUCUCAUUAA